AUGCAGGAACAUCACAGGCUUGAGGCAGGGAGUCAAAGUAAAGGGAAGACAGGAGCAAAGCAACAGGGUCUUGAGAGUAGGGACAGACAGCAGAGAGACCCUGAAGCCAAUAGACAGAGGACAGAGACAUAUCAGCCACGCCCAAAAGUUCUGUCAAACAAAACUUUACGUUUCCAAGUAAAGUGGUACAAGGACUUUCCUUGGCUGCAGUACGAUGCAGUGCAGAAGGGGUUGACCAGUGUUUUGGCAAAUCAACAAGUAGACAACUUUGAGAGGGCAGAAGUUGAGCUCAUAGGACUAGAUAGUACGAUCCCUCAGAUUGAUCAGCACUUAGUGUUGAGUGUGGGGGUUCGGGGCAAAAGCUUCACUGGGGUCUUCAGGGCUCAACAGCGACAUCUGGCGUCCCAGUCGGAAGGCCUGACCUCUCACUCCCAUUCCUUUCAGAAGCUUGGUUGUGGACAUGGCAACGAAGCAUCUACACCCGACUUUAACUGGAAGUACUCGGGCACGCCAAGCGCACUGCUCUGCAUCGGCUGCUAUGUCCGCAUACCUCAGUUGUUUGCGCUCAUAUGCUUCACCAACUGCUGCUUCCCGAGGGACGCUUUGGACUGGGUCAACCAGCUCGGAGUCCUUUUGUCUCAGUCAGGAAAGUUCCAGGCAAUCCAUGCAGCAACAAGACAUGCCGAGAACCUAUCGAGCACUGCGAUAAAACCCCUCUGUCGCACAAGAUGGACAGUACAGAGCAAAGCCAUCACAGGUGUCUUGUCACCGUAUGCCUCAGUGCUGGCUAACUUGCAGGAGAUGCUCCCCACCUCCCUGCCAGAUGAAGUCGCCACCCGGACAUCCAGCCCCAUCCCUCUGCGCUCACCCAGCCCCCACACCUUCCUGAGCACCUUGUCGGACCCCCUGCACCAGCGCCACCCGCUGACCGUGAGGCGCACUCAGUCCGCCGACCAGCAACAACGGCAUCGGCGGCAGGACGGCCCGCUCUCGUCGUCCUCUUGCCACGCCUCCUUACCGCUUCCACCCGGCCCUUCCCCCGGCGCGCGCUCGCCCGGCCGCAGGAAACUGCCCGCCAUCCCGGCCGGCGCCGCCAACACCAAGUUCCCCUCAGUUAUACGCAUCACCCGGGCCCAUCUGGAGCAGUUGACGGCCCAUCGUCCCUCCGGGCUGUCCUCCCUUUCGGGAUCGGACACCGGCGCUCCGCAGUGCCUCCUGCUGGAGCGCCGUGACGACGACGUUGAAGUUCUGCCCGUGCAGGAGCGCACGGCGGACGUCAGCUCCCCGCUGGAACACCCGGGGACGCCCGCAGAGCCGCCGGCUGAGACUCUUGUCAACGGAGACGGCCACCCCAAAACCCCGAGUCCCGCGCCAAGUCACGUAAGCUCGCCCUCCUCUCCUGGCUUGACCAAAGGACAUCUCUCAAGCUUCCCAAAGUUAGAAAAGAGCGCUGAAGAGGAGGGUGUAAAAGACACCCUCGCUCCAAGUGUCCCCGCCUCCCCCUUGUCAUCCCCCGCCGGACCCCGUAAGAACCCCAGCCGCCGACAAAGCCGCAUCCCCGUGCUGGAUCCUUCCAUCCUCCUGGACCCGCCUCCUCCAGGCUCGGCCAAAGAGAAGCUCCUGCAGAAGAAAGCCAGCAACCCGGGUCCUCUUCCCUCGCCCUCCGCCUCGCCAUCGCUCUCAGACAGGCGUGCCGCCGUGGCCUCGCUCGCCAGAGACCCCUUGUCCUCGGCCUCCGACCGCUCUCAGGAAGAGGACUCGCUGAUGGGCUCCCGCUCGGACCGGCAGGGGGACGCCUCCCUGUCUUCCUCCUCCAGCCCUCUGUCGCGCCGUAGCAGGAUUCCUCGUCCCGUCCAUACGCUUUCUGCUGAGCAGCUGGCCGCCCAGUUCCUGCCCCGCCCGCCCCCUGGGAAGCCACCAUGCCGCAACACGGUGGAGGGCAGGAUCCGCCGCUACCGCAUCCGAGCGGGCAGCACCAGCGACUCCGACCUCCUGACCUGCCUGGCCCAGCUGGUUCACGGCGCCCGCGGCUCCCCCGUCCACCACCAUCGCUCCGCGGCCCAACAUGGCUGCUCCAGGAUGGGCGUGAGCAGCCUGACCGGCUCGCCGCACCACGUCCGCAGCUCCAGCGCCUCGCCGCGUAGCUCCUCCUCCCUGCAGCGCUCCGUCAGCUCCUCGCCGUCGCGCCACGAGCACCGCGGCGGCGGCGGCGGCUACCUGGGACGUAGCCGCUCCCCGCCCAGCUUCUCCGGCUCGCCUCCUCUGCGCCGCUUCUACGCGCACCACCAGGAGACGUGCUGCAGCCGGCAGGCCCGCGCGGCGCCAUUCCACACGUCCAGGGGUAAGGUGUGCAGUCGGGAGGGGAAGUGCUCCAGCAAGCUAGCAAGAUAGUUGCUCACACUUCCUGUAUCCUUCUCUCUCAUCAUCUCCUUUUCUAAUAAGUUAUCUUCUAGAUAACAAACUAGUGCAGCUGCAGACUUCUCCUGUCCUGUCCAGGAACUAGUCAGACCCCUCCAUCGCCUCCAUCUUUGUUCAUGCAGUAUAUAGCCACUUAUUUAUCAUGAAUGCACUACUGGGACUAUAUUGUAUUUAUUCACAUAUUUAUUUGUCCGACUCACCUUUUUCCCCCGGUGGUCGUGCGCACGUUUCAUCGUGAGGGGUCGCCUCAGAAACGAUGUCCGCGAUACAAUCAAGUCUUGUGGAUCCGUCACACGCCCGUGCCUACUGUCGCCAACAGGAAGUUGACUCUUCGCUCACAAACGUGUCGCGACGCAAUUUUUUGCGGCAAUCCAGGUGUGGUUAAAUGCUGUGAUUACAGUAAGAACCGCCAUUUAAGGACUUCAUUGGUUCUUGAACCGGGUCGGGAAACGGAAAAGUUCAUAAGAUGAAGCAAAUGUCUCCAUAAGAAACAAUAUAAAUAUGAAUAAUGGGCUCCGGCCUGGACUAAAGUGCAUAUUUUAGUGAAGGUUUGUAUACUUUGAGCAGAAUAUCAAGUGUUAUAGCAGGGGUCCCCAAACUUUUUGACUCGGGGGCCGCAUUGGGUUAAAAAAUGUUGGCUGGGGGCCGGGCUGUAUAUAUAUAUAUAUAUAUAUAUAUAU